AAACAGCUGGUUUGUAGUAUUGUGUGUUUUUCCUACAAAUAUUUCUUAUUGGACCAUUGUGGAUGUUCAAAAAGUGGUGAAAGCAUAAACACACCCUAUGGAAAGGCUGGAUGCCCCACCCAAAACUUCACACCCUAAAACUCUCAUUCCACAGCUACACUCACUGAGGUAUGCAUUGUAUGCGAGAUGUAUGCACUGACAACUUAAAUUCUUAUUCUUAUGAAUGAUGGCAGCUAAUAUAAACCCAGUUCAUGUUGUUUAUUGCACAUGAUUUUCUUUGCUUGACCUCUCUGCAAAGGAAUCCUGAUACCACUCUUGACAGAAGCCCGAGGGUACAUUUGGCUCAUGUUUGCCAUAACUCUUAAGCAACAUGAAGGCAGCCUGGCUGGGUUCCACCUCUUCCUGAUAUUUUUCUGUUCGCUCUCUACACAUGCACAAGACUGGGUUAUGGGAUUACAAUACCAAUUGCUGUUUGUGCUACAUAAUGAUUUUGUAAAGAGCAGUCAGUGCCAACGUCAUGUCUCAACGGGCAUGUUUCUGAUCUUAAGGUGAGGGUGAGCUGCAAAUCCAUGAAAGGGAGUGUUUGGUAAUGGGAAGUUAGAUUUCAAGAAUCGCUGCACUCUGGGUGAGACAAUGACCCAUGACUGUGACACUGUCAAGAUUAGACUUUAAUGAGGAUUUCAUGAGCAGAGGUUGUUAAUUUUAGAGCUCAGCUCCUCACAUUUUACCUGGAGUUUCAAGUGAGAAGUUCUGCUUGGUUUGGUGACAUUUCAUAAGUUAGAGUCAGCACUUUCAGGUAUGUGCUUCACCAAGAAUAAUGGAGUGCGCCAAUCAAGAGACUUAACCCUGUAUAGAAACCAUUAUUUGGGAAUGCAGACCUACAGGUAAUUGACAGCUUUUAGUGGGUGUGGGCUUAGUUUGUGUACCUAACAGCAACGGGAGUUAAAGGUGUAACCAUAGAGAGUGUUGUAAGAGGGAGGGGUGAAGUGGAGGUACAGCCAGAGGGAGAGUCAGAGAGGGUGGAACUGACAGAGGGGGCGAGGUUGUCAGGGAAAGGGAAAUGAAGGAGUAAGCAAGAUUGUGCCUGCAACACAGAUUCACUCUCUCAGGGUACAGCUGACAUUAAAAGAAGACAGACAUGGUUGGAGACAAACUGGAGGAGAGAACAAGGAGUGGGUGAGGAAAAACAACAAGAGAUCAGCAGCCAGCUUUGGCCAGCCUUAUCUUUUUCCAUCUAUAUACGGAAACUGCUGGAUAAUUUAUAAGCCUCUCCCUCUCGCUCUGUGUGAGGGAGUGAGUGUGAGAGAGGGGAGGGGGUAUUUGCUGAGCUCACUACCACCAUGCUGUGUCCUGCUGCUGUCAGCGCAGCUGCUGCUGCUGCUAUCUGGCUGCUGGCAGUGCUGGGCCCUGGCCUGUCUCUUCCAGCUGAGGACGACUCAGAGCCAGGCUUCACCCUCUGCAGUCACUGCUUCUACAGACAGACGCCUCCUCAGGGAGCCUCCACGGGGCCGCCGCUGCGCCCACUCUGCCACAGACUGCCCGGGGGACAAGCUUUUGCCACUCUGUCCAAACCAACCUGUGACACAGCUGUCUACUCUGCCUUCCAUCUCAGCCAUGGAUGGUCAGAGAGAGAGGGAGAGGAGGGGGAAGAGCUAGUGACAGAAGAAGAAGACAGCAUUAAAUUAGCAGUACCAGCUCUCCUCAGAGGAGGCGGGGAUCCAGCUCAUCCUGUCUCGCCCACAGACUCCCCUCUUCAACACUGGGACUCAACAGUCACAACACUGGUUCAGUCAAGCAUCAGUCCCCAGUGCAGCGCUUUAGGGGGCGAUCUCUACAUCCUGACGGGGGCGGGAGGUCUCGGGGCCGCUGAGGAUGGAGAUGAGGAGUGUCAGACGAAGCCGCUGUGGUCUGCAGUGUGCUGCACUGUCCCAGAGGGGAAGGGCAGCUUCAGCAUGGGGUUAAUCAGAGAGACAGAAGAGGAGGAGAGGCAAGUGAGCAUGGAGGAGCUGGAGGAGGUGCUGGGGGUGGCAGACCUGUUUUCUGAAGGCUGUGGAGGGGCUGCGGAGACUCUUGGAGUUGCAGGAGGUCUUCGCAGUGGGGGGCAACCUGAAAAUAUAGAAGAGAUGGUUGCAGAUGAUCCUGGUGAAGAUGCAGGCGAUACAGGCGUGGAUUCAGAUGCUGCCAGUCAAGACACAGAAGAGGAGGCUACUCUUGAUGCUCAGCCAGAGGAAGCUGAUGAAGUUGCUCAGGAAACUUCAGCAGAUGCAGUGAAAUCAGAGAGCAGCAGCAGCAGCAGUAGCAGCGAGGAGCAGGGUGAUGUGAAGCGUUCAGCAGCUGUCAGAUCAGAGUCUCCUGAGUCUUCAGCUGACUACGAGACCGUGGAUGAACAAGAAACAGACUCAAAUUCCAGCAGCACUCUGGUCUACAUCCUCUCCACCACCAUGUCCAUUCUUAAAGCUCCACUGCGCCCUGUGUUCUCGACCGUCACACAGUUACCUGAACAGGUGACCUAUAUUCUUCAGGAAGACCUUGGAGUUCUGUCUGCCCUGCCUGGAGAUACCUUCUCCCUGUUCUACCUCCUGACCUCUGACCUCUUGUCUUAUAUGCGCUCGGCUGCAGAAAUGGUGCUGGGCCUCGGGGAAGGCUGCUUCUCCAGCGCCUACUACUGUACCUCGUCCAUGCUGGAGGCCCUGAUUAGUAGCUGCCAUAUUGGGGUCACCGGCGUGGGGACCCUGGCAGGUGACACGGUGGGGGUGUUUGGUGUUGCACUGGAUAAUGCCUGGUGGGUGACCAAGUUCUUUGGAGGGCAGCUGUGGGAGCAAAGCGAGGGUUACGUAGGAACAGUGAUGUCAGAGAUGGGCGGUCAGGCCAAAGCUGUAGGUGGAGGGCUGGGGAAGCUGGUGUGGAGAAGUGCAAAUGGAGUGAGUAGUGUGUUUAGGCUGGGAGGGGGUUUUAUAAUUGCGAUGGUGGAUGUGCUCACUGGUGCCAUGAGAGAGGUAUUUGGGCAGGAGUCAGAGUGAGGGAGGAGAGGACCAGACCCCAGAUCAGGCCAUCAGGAACAAACAUUUCCAAAUGUUUUCUCCAGCUUUGGCUUGUAAAUUUCUUCAGCACGUGGGAGUGUGAAAAAACUAUUUGAAGCUGAUGUCAUUUGAUAUGCCUUAGUUAUUAUAGAAGUAUGCCCACAUGUGAAUUUCAAAUUUCUGUAGGUCUUACACUUCACUGUGGAAAGCUGACUGCUCAGAUAAUCUACUGUAUUUGACCCAACUGUGAUUUAAAAAAACACUGUGCACACUGCUUUUGGAUGUAAUUGUUCAAGACUACUCAUAUUAUACAGAUAUAAAUAUAUAUACACACAUAUAUAGUCAUAUUUUUUGCGUGUGUACAUUAGAAUAAAAUAGAUUGCUGGCUUGCUAUUGUAACA